GACUUCGAGGCGACGGAAGUGACUCGUGAAGCGUGCGACAGACUGUCAACCUGUGGCUUGCUGCCGGCGCGGUUGCGGGGUUCGCGAGGGAGCCAUGGAGAACCAUGAGUUAAUCGAAUACUUCAAGUCUCAGAUGAAAGGCGAUCCUAACAUGGCCUCAGCAGUGGCUGCCAUCCGGACUUUGCUGGAGUUCUUGAAGAGAGAUAAAGGGGAGACACUCCAGGGCCUGAGAGCGAAUCUCACCAGCGCCAUAGAAACCCUAUGUGGUGUGGACUCCUCCGUGGCCGUGUCCUCUGGUGGAGAGCUCUUCCUUCGAUUCAUCAGCCUCACCUCCCUGGAGUACUCUGAUUACUCCAAAUGUAAGAAGAUCAUGAUUGAGAGAGGGGAGCUUUUCCUCAGGAGAAUAUCCUUGUCAAGAAACAAAAUUGCAGACCUGUGCCAUACCUUCAUCAAAGACGGGGCGAGAAUUUUGACUCACGCCUACUCCAGAGUUGUCCUAAGGGUCCUGGAAGAAGCUGUGGCAGCCAAGAAGCGGUUCAGUGUGUACAUCACGGAGUCUCAGCCUGAUUUAUCUGGGAAGAAAAUGGCCAAAGCCCUCUGCCACCUCAAUGUCCCUGUCACUGUGGUGCUGGAUGCUGCUGUUGGCUAUAUCAUGGAGAAAGCAGAUCUUGUCAUAGUUGGUGCUGAAGGAGUGGUUGAGAAUGGAGGAAUUAUUAACAAGAUUGGAACCAACCAGAUGGCCGUGUGUGCCAAAGCCCAAAACAAGCCCUUCUAUGUGGUUGCAGAAAGUUUCAAGUUUGUACGGCUCUUCCCGCUUAAUCAGCAAGACGUCCCAGAUAAGUUUAAGUACAAGGCAGACACUCUGAAGUCCAUGCAGACUGGGCAGGAUCUCAAAGAGGAACACCCAUGGGUUGACUAUACUUCCCCAUCCUUGAUUACCCUGCUGUUUACAGACCUGGGUGUGCUGACACCAUCUGCUGUAAGCGAUGAACUCAUCAAGCUGUACCUAUGAGCACAGUCCCCUCCUAUCAACAUGCAGGGAGCAUGUGUGCAGAGCUCUACAGGGUGAGCAGCCUCUCCACUCCAGCCAGGAGCCAAAACUGAAUCGGACUUCCAGAUUUGAAUGCAAAGGGCUCACAUUGGAAAGUGACACAGUCCUGGAAAACCCUUUUAACUCAGCUCUGUCACAUCUGAAACCUGUUCCCAGUUCUAGAAUGAAGCUGAAGCAUCCUUCCUGUUUUCAGAAACUCAUGUCUCUGGAAGUACAAGUUAGAUGACUGGCUGCAAACCCGAGGAAGACAGUACACAAGUGGGGACCCUCUACUCAUACCGUACUCCAGGCUGGUUUGCAUCAGCGAAAGUGAUGCAGGCCCUUCUGCAGUGGCAGCCACUGAGGACACAUCAUGGGGUGCCUAACAAGAAGCCAGGAAACACUUGCUGACUGCAUCUGGCUCCAGGGCUCGUCUCCUCAGCAGGGUCAAGCCAGACAGGAACAGCGCCAAGGCAGGGGCCACAUUCACAUGACACUGCACACAGAAUGUCCCAUCCUAACUUGUGUCUAUAAAAUGAGUUCACUUUCGACAACUUUUGUAAAUUAAACAUGGGAACAAAUCAGGAUCUUUGCAAAUAAAGUAUAUGAAAUACUUGGA